CACGGGCAUGACUGUGACCGUGCACACUGACAAUGGACAAUGGACAAUGGACAAUGAAAUGACACUCUACCCACCACUGACAUGACACUCUACCACCACUAGAAUGACAAUUCGUGACAAUGACCAACCACACAAAGUACUCCUGCUCUUUGCUACCCGUGAUCACUGCCCGCGCAGUCCGAAACAGUCUGCCCGCGCAGCAGCAAGCAGCCCAAGCAGCCCAUGCAGCCCGUGCCCCCCUUCAAACAUGUCAUCACACAACACACACACAACACACACACACACACACAACCCGUCAUCAUAUCCAAAUCCCCUCCCCACUCCAGAAACAAAAAGAAAAAAGCAAAAGUCAAAAACAAAGAAAAAAGGAAUUUCGCGUCCGUCCAAUCGAAACCGAUGUAAUGUAAUGAUAUCUUGUAAUAUAUCUCGUCCCGUGCCAUUCCCAUUCCAUCACAAUCCACCAAAACCAGCCCAAGCCUCCCACCGUAGAGCGCAAGCAAAGCAAAGUAAAGCAAAGCAAAGCAAAGCAAAGCAAAGCAAAGCAAAGCAAAGCAAAGCAAAGCAAAGCAAAGCAAGCAAAGCAAGCAGGCGCGUAACAAACAAACCCAUGUCAAAAGUACCAUUCACAGCAGCACAAAGAACAAAGAAAAGCAUCCACUCAAGUCCCCGAAAGAAGUCCUAGUAAAGCUCAUCGUCAUUAUCAUCAUCAUAAUCAUCGUAUCAAAUCUUCAAAUCUUAUCAUAUCAUCAUCAUCAUUUCAAAUACUCAAUUCAAUUCAAUUCAAUAUCAAUAUCAAUUCAAUUUCAAAAUUCAA